AUGUCGAAUAGCGCAUUCACCCACGAGUCCCAAAAUGGCAACCUGGCCGCCCCUCGAGACUCCCUAGAACUCGCCUCACUCGCUUCCUCCUCCCCCGUCUCCGUCGGAGGUUCCUCACGCUCAUCCUCCCCCGACGGAAUCUCCUCCUCACGCAAGCUCUCCCUCGAAGAUGAAGAUCCCCUCGCCGGCGAGGAAGGGGAUGUCUACCUCGAAUCAGGCCGUUCGCGCAAUAUACGCUCCUACUCGAUCUCCUCCGCUUUCGACUUUGGCCGGAAUUUGUUCCCAUUGUCGCAAACACAGGCUGGAUACGCGCCGCUAGGAACGCCGUCCGCGCUGGACAGACAAGGCGCGGAUGGCUCGUUGGAACGGAAUAAGUCAUUGACAUACUUGAAUGGCUUGUCGCUGAUCGUGGGACUGAUUAUUGGAUCGGGCAUUUUCUCCUCGCCUAGCCAGGUUAAUGCGAACGCGGGGUCGCCUGGUGCGGCGCUCAUCGUGUGGGCUGUGGCGGGUUUGUUGGCGUGGACUGGAGCUGCGAGCUAUGCAGAGCUCGGAGGAGCCAUUCCGUUGAAUGGUGGUGCGCAGGUUUAUCUUUCCAAGAUCUUUGGAGAGUUGCCGGGUUUCCUCUUCACGUGGUGCGCGGUGUUGGUCUUGAAGCCCGGGUCAGCGGCCAUCAUCUCGAUUAUCUUUGGCGAGUAUAUCGUGCGUGCGUUUGUAGGUGCCGAUGUGGAACAGGUGAAUCCUUGGAUCAACAAGGGCGUUGCGCUGGGAGGGCUGUUGGCGGUCACCCUGUUUAACUGCAUUUCCACCAAGUUUGCUACUCGAAUUGGUGAUCUCUUUAUGUUUUUCAAGUUUGUUGCCUUGCUGGGUGUUACAAUCACCGGUAUUGUGGUUGCCGUGACGGGUCUUUCGUCAAAAGGAAAUGCCAACCAGGAAUGGAAAACCCACGGCUGGUUCGAGGGUACGAAUACCGAGAUUUCAGAUUUCGCUGUGGCGUUAUAUGCAGGGCUUUGGGCAUUUGAUGGUUGGGAUAAUACAAACUAUGUCACGGGCGAGUUCAAAAAUCCCAAUCGAGAUCUACCACGAGUGAUCCACACAGCCAUGCCACUGGUCAUUCUAUGCUACCUAAUGGCUAACGUCUCCUACUUCCUGGUCCUCCCCCACGAAACCGUCGAAGCAAGCAACACCAUCGCCGUCCAAUUCGGCGGCAAAGUAUUCGGACCCGUCGGCGCUCUCAUCCUCGCCCUCGUCGUCGGAGCCAGCUGCUUCGGAGCUUUAAAUGCAACCACCUUCACCAGCGGCCGACUCGUCUACGCCUCCGCCAAAGAAGGCUACCUCCCCUCACUCUUCGGCCGCAUCGGCCUAGGUAACUCCUCAUCCCCCGCAACCCCAGCCGCAAGCCGUCUCCUCCACCGCUCAUGGGCAAGCAAACUCCUGUCCCGCAUAUUCGGCGACCAAUGCCGCCUGGGAUUCACACCCAUCAACGCCAUGGCAUUCAACGCCACUUUGACGAUGAUCUACAUCACCGUCGGCGAAUUCGGCACCCUGGUAACCUUCUACGGCGUCGCGGGGUAUACAUUCUACUUCGUCACCGUGCUAGGUCUAAUCGUGCUACGCAUUCGAGAACCACACCUCGAACGACCAUAUCGCACAUGGAUCACCACGCCGAUUAUCUUCUGCUGCGUUAGUCUAUUCCUUCUCAGUCGGGCUGUUAUUGCAGAGCCCCUGCAGACUCUUAUCGUGGUGGCGUUCAUCAUCACGGGUAUUCCCGUUUAUUACUGGCGUAUCUACCAACGUGAUGGGUCGACGGGUAUCUCGGGCUGGAAGUUCUGGAAGUGGCGCUCGCGGUAG